AGAAAAAGGGAAAUAAAAGAAUAUGUCUGAUCAUGCCUAAAAUGUGACUUGCAUGGAAAGAACCCCCUAAAAAAAAAGUAAGAGAGGAAAAAUUACAGUUAACACAUCCUUUAGACCCUCCCUCGCCUCCUCCACCCCUGAGCUACCCCCACCCAACCCCAUAUCUGAAUCCUCCUGAACAACUGAAAGCAAAAUCCAAAUAGGAGAGAGAGAGAGAGAGAGAGAGAGAGAGAGAGAGAGAGAGAGAGAGAGAGAGAGAGAACUUCACCAGCCAUCCCCUCGCUAUCUGCUUUGAAUGCUUACAAGGGGUGUGCCUGGAAGAAAAUGAAUACAAAUCUGCGAUUGAUUUUCAUAAUGUUUCUGCGGUGUUUGAAAACCAAUCGUUUGAACCUCUGAGAUCUUACCUAAGUGAACCACUCCUACGCUUCUAAGUGCUCCAAACUGAUAUAUGACAAUAUCUACUUUGGAUCACGUGUCCUGGAGAGAGCGACUAAGACGGAUAGCGCGUCAUCUCGCCUUCCCAAAUUUUUCCCCCUCUGCACAUCGGAUCCAAAACAUCUAUCUAUAGGAGCAAGAAAAGGAGAAAGAUGUUUAACUCAGUGAACCUAGGAAACUUCUGUUCCCAGUCGCGCAAAGAGCGGAGUGCUGACUUUGGAGAGCGAGCAGGUUGCGCUUCCAAUCUCUACCUCCCCAGCUGCACCUAUUACGUCCCAGAAUUUUCAACUGUGUCAUCUUUCUUGCCACAGGCCCCCUCUCGCCAAAUCUCCUACCCUUAUUCCACUAACCUCUCUCAAGUGCAGCCAGUGCGAGAGGUCUCCUACGGGCUAGACCCCUCGAAUAAAUGGCACCAUAGAAGCAAUUACGCCUCGUGUUAUUCCGCGGAAGAUCUGAUGCACAGGGAUUGCCUCCCGCCUUCCACCAUGACCGAAAUGCUAAUGAAAAACGAAAGCGUGUACAGCCACCACCACCACCCCAGCUCCAACCACCCGGCGUCCACGGGCUUCUACUCCAGCAUGAACAAAAACAGUGUCCUCCCGCAAGGCUUCGACCGGUUCUUCGAAAACGCCUACUGCUCCACCGAGAACCCGCCCGAGACCUGUUUGCAGAAGACCGAGAGCAAGCUGGAGACCGACUCCCAGCCCACCGCGCUGUCAUCCCGCGGCGACCAAGGCGUAGACCCGGAAGACGAGGAAGAAAACACCAACCCGGGCUCUUCAGCUUCAUCCUCCUCUGUCAACAAGGAAGGGAGCAAAACCAGCAACUCGAGUGCCCCCCGCACAAGAAAGAAGCGAUGUCCUUAUUCGAAAUUCCAAAUCAGAGAGCUAGAGAGAGAAUUUUUCUUCAAUGUCUACAUAAACAAAGAAAAAAGGCUGCAGCUGUCCAGAAUGUUGAAUCUCACUGAUCGACAAGUUAAAAUUUGGUUUCAGAACAGAAGGAUGAAAGAAAAAAAACUAAGCAGAGACCGCCUGCAGUAUUUCUCUGGAAAUCCCUUAUUGUGAACCUCUUUUGUAUAUUAUAUAUACAUAUCUAUAUAUAUAUAUAUAAAUAAAAAAAUAAAAAAUA